GGUUUACAUGGUUACAUGUACACAGUGUGGAGCUAUGUCGGACUGGUGAGCAUGUAAGAUUAGGUGUUUACUGUUUUCAUGUCUUUCUUAUGGCGAUUUUGUAGGGGAUUAACCCGUUUAUAGUUUUUAGAUACCAUCUUGACCAUAAAAUCCAAUCAAACAAACACUUAUAUUGUGAAAAUCAUGAGUUUUAAAGAAGUAAACAGUGAACAUCGCCAGGAUUGGCAGAUGACAUCAACUGGUGUUGGCCAUCAUUACAGACCAGGAUACUACUUUCCAAGCUCGCAAUUCGAGACGGAACUUUAUCAACCACUGCCUCCUGGUCUGGCUAAGCAGGACGAGUUGACCCGUGACCAGCACUAUGAAACCACUACAGGAAAAACACACGAUAGCAAAUACACUAAAGGCAGUCCCUAUCAGAACCCUUUAUACAAGAAACCACCUGGUCACUGGAAAGUCGACUACGUUAAAGACUUAGCAGAAAAGCUUGGCAAAGGAGGAUGGCGAAAACCGCUAACAAUGGGAAAUCAGCGAUCAGAGACAAAGGAAUGUUAUUCAGCUCCCCCAGGCAUCCGAGAUAAAUAUCACUUUGAUGAUACAGCAGGACUGAACCUGCCACAAUCAUACAGCCUCAAUGAUCAUCAUCGUGAAGGUCCCUCCAAGUAUGGCCAAGCCACAACCCAAAACCCCAAAUUACAAGGGGCUCCGUUUUACGUCAGAGACAAGGGAAUUCUGCGACAGCUUGACCCCUACCUGACCACAACACAUCAAGACCACCGGUCAUUUACAGCCAAUGAGCUUAAGCGAUACCCUAAAAAGGAUAUUGCUACCUACUGGGAGUGCGAGGAAUAUCCCAAGGCCUGGGGCCAUGGCCAGAAACACAAUCCCCUUCCUAAGGACACAGUUCCUCGAGAACCUUUACCAAUGGUAGACCCGAUUUGGUUUAAGACCCGGACCAAGGUCCCACGGGCGCCAAAACCGAUGAUCCCAGUGCCCCAUGGAGGACUGAAAUCACUCUAUGCUGAAUCAUUUAUGCAGCCUUCAGAUGUGAAGGCUAAAGAAAACCAAUUCUGCCCAGUGGACACCCCUUGGACACUACCUCCUCCUGGAUCAAAAUCUGCAAUGACAGCUCCCAAGAUGUAUAAUACCGAAUACCAGCAUGUAGGAAGUAACAAACCGAUAAUGGUGUAAGGACGUUAGAAAUCGAGGAUGUUUGUGAAGUAGCAAGUCAAUUAAAGACAUGUACACGAAAUGAAGAAAAAAAAGAUAUAAAACAAAUAUUGGUCACAAGAUAGGCCAUUGAAACAUUCUGAUAAAAACUGAAAUUGCUUUCUCAAAAAAUGCUCAAAGGCUUCAAAAUAUGAAAAGUUCUAUAUUAUACAGGAUAUCUACAAUUUAAAGUAGAAUAUACGGAACAUGUUAAAGAAAUAUAAUAUGAAAAAUCAAUCAAGUACAAUUUGAAUAAUCACUUAAAAUUUUUAUACAGUUUUGCUCUUUUUUUUUUUUACAAAUAACACACAACUAAAAUAUUGUUUUAUUUUUGAAGUACUUACAACUCACUAUAUCAAUUUAUUUUACAAAAAAGCAGCAAAGUAAUUUACAUUUUGUAAGCUAUCACAUUAAAGAUUUUAUUGAAUACUAUUUUCAUUCUACCCUGAAAGUAGCAGGAUUUUUUAAAACAAUUUACACUUUUUAAUAUAUGUCACAGAGAGCUAGAGGUUUUUAUGUGGCAAAGUUUUUCAAAGAAUGAUUUCAUCAGGUUGAAAGUGUAUUGUAACCGAUGAGUAAUAAUUGUUAAAGGCCGAACUGUGAUACUACUUAACAGAGUUAUGUACAGGUAGGGAUAUAUUUAUUGCAGUAUGAUUUAUACUUGCAGAAAAAGUGAAGUUAUAUGAUUAUAUGUGAAUGUUCUUGUUUUAUGUAUAUUUCUCUGCUUCAAUAAAACCUUUCAUUUAA